GCCCAUGCUCCCUCUCUCUCUCUCACAUCAGCACCACUCCGCAUCCUGCCGAGCUUUCUGACUGGUCGGAGGACGCAGAGGGAGAGAACGCCAUCUUGUUUGUUUAGUCAGAGGAGGGGUGGAAUAAGAGUCCCUCCAGUCCAUCUAGCAGACACACUACAACACGAGCGAGGUAUAAACGGCGAACCGGCCUGACGCCUCCCCCUCCCCCCUUUCCCCUGUGGUGAGAAGAUGUUUUAUGCCCACUUUGUCCUCAGCAAACGUGGGCCGCUGGCCAAAAUCUGGCUGGCGGCCCACUGGGACAAGAAGCUGACCAAGGCUCAUGUGUUUGAGUGCAACCUGGAAAGCAGCGUUGAGAGCAUCAUCUCACCCAAGGUGAAGAUGGCUUUACGGACGUCAGGGCAUCUGCUGCUGGGGGUGGUGAGGAUCUACCACAGGAAGGCCAAAUAUCUGCUGGCAGAUUGUAACGAGGCCUUCAUCAAGAUCAAGAUGGCUUUUAGACCAGUCUUUUAUAUGUGUAUGCAUAGGGAGAAAAAGUAUGUCCACAUAGCCACCCAGUCCUGAAAUGUUUCUGUCCACCAUCUUUCCAGGUGUGGUGGAUCUUCCAGAGGAGAACAGAGAAGCAGCGUACAAUGCUAUCACGCUGCCUGAGGAGUUUCAUGAUUUUGAUCAGCCACUACCAGACCUGGAUGAUAUUGACAUUGCUCAGCAGUUCAACUUGAACCAGAGCAGAGUGGAGGAGAUCACCAUGAGAGAGGAGGUGGGCAACCUCAACCUGCUGCAAGACAAUGACUUUGCUGACUUCGGUAUGGACGACCGGGAGAUGAUGCGGGAGGAGAGUGCGUUCGAGGUGGACAUCAUGGGAGCUUCAGCUUCAAAUCUUCUGCUGGAGGCUGAGGGCGUAGCCAACCCAAUGGCUGACAAGGCCAACCAUCUGGAGUACGACGACCAGUAUAAAGAUGACUUUGGAGACAACCCGAUGGAGAGCACUGAGGGAGGCAUGCUGGUGGACAAGCUGCUGAGUAACGAGGAUGGAGACGGGAUCUUUGAUGACCCUCCUGCCAUCACAGAGAGCGUGAUGAUGCCUCAGGACCACGGAGACGAUGAGGAUGACUUUGACGCUCUCUCAGCUGGAGCCCCAGAUAGUCCUGACUCAGGCCCAACAGAGCCCCUACCAGCCAUGGCAGACCAGGCAGAGCAGACCGCCCUGGUUCACAACGAGGAAGAAACCUUUGCCCUGGAGCCCAUUGACAUCACAGUAAAGGAGACAAAGGCGAAGCGCAAGAGGAAGCUGAUUGUUGACAGUGUGAAGGAGCUGGACAGUAAAACCAUCCGUGCGCAGCUGUCCGAUUACUCCGACAUUGUCACCACGCUGGACCUGGCACCUCCCACCAAGAAACUAAUGAUGUGGAAGGAGACCGGAGGAGUGGAGAAGCUGUUCUCUCUCCCUGCUCAGCCGCUCUGGAACACCAGGCUGCUGAAGAUGUUUACAAGAUGUCUGACCCCACUGGUACCAGACGAGUUGAGGAAGAGGAGGAAAGGUGGAGAGGCAGACAGUUUGGAUGAGUUCCUGAAGGAUCUGGAGAACCCAGAGGUGCCCAGAGAGGAGACAGCAGGACACCAGCAGAGAGACAUCAUGGAUCAGUCCAUCAUGGAAGAGGCCAGUGUUCUGCAGACUUCAGCUGUUGAAGGCAGCAGGACGACCCUAGACGAGUCGGUCAUGCCUCCUCCGGCCCAACGUGGCCUCAAACGUAAAGCCCAGGACACAGAACCAGCCCUGCCUAUGGGAGCUUUGGACCAGCAGCAGCAGCCACAGGUGUCCGCGGCGUCUGAUGUGUCCCAGCAGCUGGAGACAGCGAGUGUAGAUCUGCCCCUAGAGGAGACGACCACAAACAUCAGCCAGCUGAUUGACCUGGAUCUGCUCGGAGACAAAGACAGGAAGAAAAAUGAUGAUGAAUCGGAUGAGGAGGAGGAGGAGGCACAGGGAGGAGAUCAGGACCAGGAGGAGAGGAGGUGGAACAAGAGAACCCAGCAGAUGCUCCAUGGCCUCCAGAGGGUGAUGGCCAAAACAGGCGCCCAGUCGGUCAGCCUGCUGGAUCUGUGCAAGAACAACAACAAGAAGCAGGCAGCCGCAAAGUUUUACAGCUUCCUUGUUCUGAAGAAGCAGCAAGCGGUGGAGCUUGUCCAGGAGGAGCCAUACAGCGACAUCAUCGCUACACCUGGACCUCGCUUUCACAUCAUCUAGAGGAAUCAACAAACUGUACUGUUUUAUAAUUUGAGGAAAAGAGUAUUUAUCUAUUAUUUAUUUGAGUUUGAUGCCUUUAUUUAUUGAAUGACGCAGAGUUUUAUCUGCAGUAUUUCAUCAAGCAGUGGUUGGAGGAAUGAGGGUGAGCUUUGUUGCAUCCCACACAAUGGAACUUUUUCCUUUUAACAUUUCAUCUCUUGUUUUUAAGACUAACUUUAAGCUGAUUUUAAACUUAAGUUAGUCCGGGAAUCAAUUCAAAGAAAAGUUUGUAAUAAGAGAAUUCAAUGUUAACAGUGAUUUUAACUCCAUCAGUCAGGUUAGAGACUCAUUCGUCAAAAAGGAGCAUGCACUAUAUCCAGUCUCUGCAGAGAUCAUGUAAACUCAUUCUACAGUAGUGAUUGCCGGUAGAACCAGCAGUUAGUCAUCGUACAACUGUAGUGUAGCACUUUAAUCAUAACUAACUCAAAGUUGAUGUUUUUUGCAAAUGCGUCGCUCGCAUCAUCGACUGUUCGUGCCUCACAAGAGUCAAAACUGUAGCUGUGUCCCAAAUCCGAAAUGCAGAUUUUUUCUAGCAACAUUAAUCAAACUCUAAGAAGUCAAUAUGCUUAUGCACUAAUGCGUUAGAUUUUUGAUUGUACGCACUUGAACAAAUCUUUGUUGAGUGAUUUCACGUAACUUUGACUAAACUGUAAAACAAGUAUAUAGACCACGAUGUUUAAGAAUAGUAUGCAUUAAGGAUAAAGGACACAGCUUAUGAAAAAUAUCUUCAGAUGUUAAUAUUUAGAUUUUGUAAACAUCAAUGGUCUGCUAUUUGCAUGCUCUGUCCUCAAGUAUUUAUUACAUUGGAUUUGCACUAGAACCAAUUUUAUUCUCCAGUGUUCUUAAAUUGACUUUUCAGGUGUUGACUCUUAUCUUAUUGUUGCAGUGUCACUUUUAGAAUAUAAAAAAAGAAUCAUUAAAUAACUACCAAUCGACUAGAUCUUAGAGUUUCUCAACUGGUCUUAGGAUACAGAGUUUGCCGAUGGGGAAAUUAACUAUUCAGACUACUGCUGUAAAGAUUGUAUUUUUUGAAUGGGUGUGUAUGUGGUUUCCAGUACUUCUGGAGCCAGCCUCAAGUGGACACUUGAGGAACUGCAACUUUUAGCACUUCUUGCAUUGGCUUCAAUUCUCGCGGCUUGAGGUUGCCGCUUGACCUUGACCCAAAUGUCUGUAAAUUUUUGUUCAUUGGUGAAAGACAACCAGCAGUAAAGUGCAUUACAUCCACCCACUGUGCUGGUGUGUGACUUAAUGAUCACACAGUAACACAUGCCCUUUGAAACGAAGGUAGAGACUUCUGCCACCACUCGUGACCCAUUGAAAAUGGCUCAGCGACUCACUUUUGGGUCCUGACCCACCGGUUGAGAACCAAGAAUCUAGAUCAUGAAGAUACUUAUUUAUUGAUAUCAUGUGUCAACAAGAGAUUUAACUGUUUUUCAUAUUUAUACCCUGAGUGACUUGAUGACCAGAUUAAGAGAAGUCUGAGUGGAGAUAUUGUGUAUAAAUGUUGUUGUUUGGACUCAUAGUAGAAGAGAUAUCACAGGUUGAUGAAUAAAAAAUCAAAACAAUCGCAACAAACAAAAACAAGCAGACUCCCAUAUAUCAUUGUGACCUAACCUCUUCCUCGUGCUUCUGCAAAGACAACUGAAUGCAUUGUUUUGAAAUCAGCUUCUGUAUAAACUGACUAUCAUUCUGUCUGAGUGCAUCUUAUAUUCAAACCAUGUGCCUGUAAACUGUCUUUAUUUUGUACAAAGGUAAAUGUUCUCGAUCACAUGCCUGUAAGUCCUGGAAACUGUUGCAAAGUUUUUGAAAAUAAAUACCAUGCUCAGUGUUUUUAAGAGG